AAUAACGAUUAAGAAAACAAACUAAUUUAUUAUUAAGACAAAAAAUAUGUGCAAAAACAUAUUUAUUAAUGAAAAGUAAAAAAGGCUUUUAUAAAUAUUCAUCCCUUAUACAAUCAUUGUAAUUUUAGGAUCUUUAGUUAUGGGUGUUAUGAUUAUCUUUUACUACCAGUAGAAUGCGAAAAAUUAACUCCAAGAUUUAAUAUUUUUGAGGUAUAAUAACUAUCUAGACUUCAUGAGCAUCUCUGAAAAAGUUCUUAUUACACUUUCUUUCCAAAAAAUAUCUUCAUAUUCUCAAAAUUUUGGAAUGAUUAAUAAGCAUUUAAUCAAUGAUGACUAUAAUUUUAAUAGUUUAGUUGCAUGGGAUGACAGAAGCACUGAAAGGUUUUCGUAAAACUAGAAAAAACCUAAUUUUUUACUUGAAAAUCACUAUUAACUUAAAGACUAUUGUCAGCCAAUAGAGCUUUGCAAACAAAAUUAAACUUGUAUUGAUAACUAUGAUAAUUAUUUGUUAUAGCUUAACUAUCUUGAUGAUGAUGUAUAAUAUGUAAAAGCGUAGUUUUCAAGUUGGUCAAAUGCUUUGUAAAUAGAUUGGGAAGACUUAGCUAUAGAAUAAAAAUAAUACAUGAUUAAAGCUAAUUUAUAAUAAAUAUUUUGGUAAACGUAUUUUAUAAACUAAAAUUAAGAUAUAAUUUAAACUGUUAGAAUAUAUUCAGUAAGGCAAUUAGAUGGACUAUUUUAUUAAGUUUUUUCUGAGAGUGUAAUAACGGCUAUUAGUGUGUUAAAUAAUACAUAAUUUGGAGGUCCAUUUACUUGCACCAAGGUUAACGGAAGCUAUCCUGAAUAUAUUUAUAGAAGUACUGACUAAUUUGAUGGUUUUUUAUAUAAAGAUCAUACCUUAAAACCUUGUGGAAAUAGUACUUCUCCAUGUUCAUGUCCUUAUUUUAAUUAAAAAAGGCUUUUACCUCUUGAUUGGAGAUGUAGACCAUGGUAUCAAGAUGCCAAUAACAGUUUUUAUAACUAAUUUUCAUAGCCGUAUAUAGAUUAUGGAAUGCAUACAAUAGCUUUAACAUCAACUUUUAAAGUAGUUAGACCCUAAAAUUAAAAAAUUUCUAUACAAGAUGAAUUAAAUUACUAAUAAGAUGGUGUAUAAGCUAUUGAUUUAAACUUAUAGAAUAUCUAAAUUAGAUUUUUGUAAAACUAUGAUGAUGAAGAAUACUCUUAUUUAAUAUCAACUAACCCAAGCAAAAACUCAACAGACUAUAUUCCCUCCAUAAUGGCUCAUCCUCGUAUGAAUAUUAGUAUUCAGCAAAAUAUUUAUGACAUAGAAUUCUAAAAUGAAGAAUAUAUGAACUAUGAGAAGUAGAUGUAUGAAAAUUAGACAAGCUUUUUAAGGGAUGAGUUCACUAUUGGAAAUUCAUGUAAACAACUUUUUCAAGCUAAUUUAAGUGAGAUAAGAACAAUCAUUAAAAAUAAUUAAUAAUAUUUAACGAGGUUUACUCCCAUUUUUAUAUGCUAUGGAGAUUUUAAUGAAUAAUACAACAAUAAAGUGGCUUACUACGUUAAGUCAAUUUCCUACAGGAAAAAAGAUUAAAAUAUUUAGGAAGUAUCUUAAAUGAUGGAAAUUAUGGUAAAAACAAUCUUCAUCUUCAUGUUUUUAGUUAUUGUUUUUAUUAUUUUAGUCUUUUUUGUGCUUUUAAAAUAUUUUCUAAAACACAACUUUGAAAUACCGAUAGCAAUAGUUAGCAAAGUUAUUUAAGAAGCUGAUUGUGAAAGCAUUUACAUUUUAAAUACAAAAAUCGAAAAAGGUGAACUGAAAACUUCUUUAGAGUUGAAAAACUUAAUUAUCACAAUAAACAAGGUCAUUUUGAAAUUUUAAGAAAAGGUUGACAAAAAAUUGUAAAAUAAAGAAGAUAAUCUCAAUUAAAUUUAAAAGAAGUAUUUUAAAUCAAUCAAUACCUUUUAUGCCUUUUCACACAAAACAGGUUUAGGAAUGUGCUUAAAUAACUUAUCUGUGCUUUAUAUGCUUUAGAAGAGUUACAAAAAAGCAUUUUACUAUAUGAAUCUUGCAAACAACAUUAGUAACUAAAUUUUUGAAGAAUAUACACAGUCAUUGAUAAAAGAAAAUAACCUCAGUAUAUUUUAGGCUAUACAAUUUAUUCAUUCUUAGUAAUAAUCAGAACAAAAAUUAAAUUUUCUUUAAAUAUAUUCUUGUAGAAAAUUUUAAUUAGCAAAUAUCUUAUAUUUAUAUCUAAAGUAGUCUAAUAAGUAAGUUUAUAAAAUUUAAGAAACAUAAGAUUUAAGUCCUAUAGCAGCUUAAAAUAAUUAUUUUUAAACCAAACGAUAAACUACUAUCGAUCUAAAUUAAACAAAUUAUACCAAAAUAAGCUUUUGUGGAGUUUAAACAAGAGAAUCAUUUCAUUUAAACAAACACUUUGUUGAUGAGCUUGAUUAAGUAAAUGAAAUAAAUAAGCUUGAUGAUUCAAAUAUUUUAAAUAAUGAUGAAAAAUAAGCCUUAGUGUAAUUUUCUAAGCAACUCAUUAAAGAGGGAAAUAUGAUUUUCUCAAUUAUUUCAUAAACUAAAACAAUAAAUGAAAAUAUCAGAAAUAAAUUUAUUUUAUACAAAGCCUUAUCUCUAUUACUCUCAAUUAAAAUUUAACUGUUAGAAGAAAAUCAUUUAAAACGUAUAAUUAUUAAAGAAUUGUUCUAUUUAAUGAAAAAACUAGUAUUUACAAAUUAUAAAAAUCAAUUAGAUUAUUAUAAGUAGCUGUAAAUAAUACUUUAGUAGAAGUAUUAUUACUAUAAAGCUCUAUUUUACUAUAAAAUAUUCAAAUACAAAAAAGCACUGCGUUUGAUUAUAAAAAGUUUAAAUUAUAAAUAAAUAACCUAUGUUAACAAAUACUAUGAAACAAUUUCUGUUAAUUAAUCUUCUGCUCAAUUCUAUGACUCUUAAGUUGCUUAUAAAGCACUUAAACUGCUUAAAAAUAUCAUUAAAGUUGCUAAUAUUAAACUGCUUUCAAAAUAAUAAACAUUAAUCAAGUAAGAUAUGCAUGUACUUAAAUAAAUGUCCUUAUCAACUUAAAAAAAUUAGUUGCAUUUUUUUGAGGUUUUUUUUGAAAGUAAUUACCAGGAAAAAUGAAUAAAUUGCU